GUGGAACUUUUAAACUCAAACUUGAAAUUUUGAGGUUAUGCUGUAUUGUUUAAUUGUUUUUGUUUUAAUUUAAAUGACAAUGGACUCUCAGUAUAAUAAUUAUUUGUUUUGAUAAUAUUUAUUCUGUGUAGAAAGUGUAAACAAAAAGUGAUUCGUAAACAAUUUAGAUUGUGUUAUUUAUUGGUUCAAAUACAAAUGAGAGUUUGAGAGCCUGAUAAGGUUAUCAAUAUAAGUUUCUAAUAAUAUUCUUGUAAAAUAUUGAAAAGAAGUGACUUAUUAUCUGUAUUUUGGAAUAUGCUUCUCCUAUAAAUUUAUUCACAGUAUAAUCUAAUCAAAUUUUAUAAAGUGUAUUUUUUUAACUUACUCUACAAUAUCAACGGAAUACAUUCAUAAUGUAUAUUCGUGUUUUCUUUGUCACUGCAAUACUUUUUUACCUGCAAGUAAUCGCCUAUAAACCUGUAGUUAUAAUUCAUGGAGUUAUGACAGGAAAUAGUACAAUGGUGAAUCUAACAAAUGACAUUGUGAAGAGUCACCCUGGUACGAAAGUUUAUGUGACCAAUAGAUUUGGCAGUUGGUCAAGCUUACUUCCAAUGUGGCAUCAGGUAGAAAAAAUUGGAAAGGAUGUUCUAGAGAUAGCCAGUAAUCAUCCCGAAGGAAUUCAUAUCAUUGGUAAAUAUUAGUCAUUCGCUCUUUCU